AUGGAGGCGCGGUGGCUUCCACACAGCGCCCCCAUUCCUGGCACCAAAGUGGGCAUUAGACCUGGCACCAAAGUGGGCAUUAGUCCUGGCACCAAAGUGGGCAUUAUUCCUGGCACCAAAGUGGGCAUUAGACCUGGCACCAAAGUGGGCAUUAGUCCUGGCACCAAAGUGGGCAUUAGUCCUGGCACCAAAGUGGGCAUUAGUCCUGGCACCAAAGUGGGCAUUAGUCCUGGCACCAAAGUGGGCAUUAGUCCUGGCACCAAAGUGGGCAUUGGACUGGCACCAACCUACCUAGAACCAGUAGCCAGCCCAACACCAGCUCCUCAGGUCCCUAGCCCUGAGUCCCCUACUUCUUUGACUUACUCCUCUCCUCCCCCACCAGUUGUCCCCAGCUCAGGUGUCCUCCUCCCCUCUGCUCCCCGUGACGUGGCCCCUGUCCUAGUGUCCAGCCGUUUUGUCCGCCUCAGCUGGCGCCCCCCGCAGGAGACCAGAGGAACUGUCCAGACCUACGGCAUCUACUACUCCCAGGACACGGUCAACAGGGAGAGGUCUGUGAACGUGUCGGAGGCAGAGACCCUCCAGAUGACUGUCAGUAACCUGAAGCCAGAGGAGACCUACUCCUUCAGAGUGGUGGCCUACAACGACAACGGCCCUGGAGAGAGAUCCGAGACACUCAGACUCACCACACAGCCCGAGUUGCAGGUCCCUGGGCCGGUAGAGAACCUCCACGUAGAGCCCAUCUCUCCCACCUCCAUCCAGGCCUCCUGGGACGCCCCGGCCUACGCCAACGGGCCCCUGCUGGGGUACAGACUGCUCUGGACUGAGAUACCCUCUGGGAAGGAACAGAGUGUGGAGGUGAACGGGCAGAGGUAUAAGAUGGAGGGGCUGAAGAAGUUUACAGAGUACUCCUUGCGUGUCUUGGCUAUGAACCGUUAUGGCCCUGGGGUCACCACAGAGGACAUGAGCAUCACCACGCUGUCUGACGUGCCAAGUGCUCCACCACAAAACAUCUCCUUGGAAGUGGUCCUCUCAAGAAGCAUCAAGGUGAGCUGGCAGCCCCCUCCUCCCAACAGCCAGAACGGGUUCAUCACCGGCUACAAACUCCGGUACCGGAAGACCGGUCGACGAGGAGACCAGGAGGCCAUCGAACCUAACAACUUCUGGUACCUGUUCACAGGGCUGGAGAAAGGCAGUCAGUACAGUUUCCAGGUGGCUGCCAUGACAGCUAACGGCACGGGCCCAGCCAGCGAGUGGUUCACCGCAGAAACGCCAGAGAAUGACCUUGAUGAGAGCCAAGUCCCGAAUCAACCGAGUUCCCUCCACGUCCGACCCCUGCCCAACAGCAUCAUCAUGAGCUGGACUCCUCCCCUCAACCCCAACAUCCUAGUACGGGGCUACAUCAUUGGCUACGGAGUAGGAAGUCCCUACGCUGAGACGGUCAGGGUAGACAGCAAGCAGCGAUACUACUCCAUAGAAAACCUGGAGCCCAGUUCCCACUAUGUCAUCUCCCUGAAAGCCUUCAACAAUGCAGGAGAGGGGGUCCCCCUGUACGAGAGCGCUGUGACCAGAUCUAUAACAGACCCCAUUGACCCGUCAGACGACGAUCUGUUCCAUCUGUUUGAUAAAUAUCCUACUCCCAUACCAGAUACAUCCACACCCAUGAUCCCCCCAGUAGGUGUCCAGGCCGUGGCCUUGACCCCAGACUCUGUCAGGGUCAGCUGGGCAGACAACUCCAUGACCAAGAACCAGAAGACCACUGAGGUCCGCUACUACUCUGUCAAGUGGAAGACCAGCUACUCCACUAGCGGGAAGUUCAAGUCUGCAGACACAACAGCCCUCAGCCACACCGUCACUGGCCUCAAGCCCAACACCAUGUACGAGUUCGCUGUCAUGGUUACCAAGGGCCGCAAGUCUAGCACGUGGAGUAUGACCGCUCAUGCCACCACUUACGAAGCAGCCCCCAGCUCCGCCCCCAAGGACCUGACGGUCAUCAGUCGUGAGGGGAGACCCAGAGCUAUUCUGAUUAGCUGGCAACCCCCCAUGGAGACCAACGGACGGAUCACAGGCUAUAUCCUGUACUACACCCUGGACAAGAACAUGCCUAUAGAUGACUGGGUAAUGGAGAGUAUCAGUGGAGACCGUCUAACCCACCAGGUGAUGGACCUGAACCUGGACACCGUCUACUACUUCAGGAUCCAGGCUAAGAAUGCCAAGGGAGUGGGUCCCCUGUCAGACCCCAUCCACUUCAGGACUAACAAAGUGGAACAUCCAGACAAGAUGGCCAACGAUCAAGGUCGCCAUGGAGAUGGCGGCUACUGGCCUUCUGACAACAACCUGAUUGAUAGGAGCAGUUUGAACGACAUUGGUCAGAUGCGUCCUCCCCACGGCAGUGUGACGCCCCAGAAGAACAGCAACCUCCUGGUCAUCAUCGUGGUCUCCGUGGGAGCCGUUACCGUGGUAGUGGUCGUCAUAGUAGCGCUGAUCUGCACCCGGCGUUCCUCGGCACAACAGAGGAAGAAGCGUGCCACCCACAGUACAGGGAAGAGGAAAGGUAGUCAGAAGGACCUGAGACCUCCAGACCUGUGGAUCCAUCACGAGGAGAUGGAACUGAAGAACAUGGAGAAGCCUGCCAGCGCCGCCCCCUCCGGACGCGAUUCGCCCAUCCAGGGUUCUAUCCAGGAUAUCAGGUCUCAGUCUGUCAGUCACAGCCAAUCAGAGAGCCAGAUGGGCAGUAAGAGCAGCCACUCAGGUGGAGACAACGAUGAGGCUUCCAGCUGCAUCUCUACGUUAGAGCGCUCUCUAGCUGCCAGGAGGGCAACACGUACCAAGCUGUUGAUCCCCAUGGACUCUCAGCCUAGCAACACCCCUGUUGUCAGUGCCAUCCCAGUGCCAACCCUGGAGGGCAGCCAGUACCCUGGCAUUCUGCCCUCGCCCACCUGCGGGUACAGUCAUGGUACUUUGACCACUCACCCCAAGUUCACCCUGAGAGCGAUGCCCUUCCCCAGCCUCACCGUGGACCGCAGCUACACAACAGGUGGAACGAUAUCGACAGAGGGCAGUACCACGCUGGGGGUACAGCAGCAGACCUUGAUUGGCAGCAGUAGCAGUCAGCCAGGUAUAGGAGGUAAAGGAGAGCUCUCUCUGCCUGGCACAGAGGAGGUUGGAGGUACCUCGACCCGUUCCAUCCCCACCGCCUGCGUCAGGCCCACGCACCCCUUACGAAGCUUCGCCAACCCUCUCCUGCCACCACCCAUGGGCACCAUCGACCCCAAGGUCUACACACCCAUGAUGCCACAUUCAAGUGCCAGCCUUCCCAAGCCAACGGUAAAAACAGCAUCUCUGGGGCAAGCUGGCAAGGCCAGAUCACCACUACUACCGGUCUCUGUGCCAACAGCCCCAGAGGUGGGUGAAGAGGGACAGAAACAGACAGAUGACUCAGCCAAUGUUUACGAACAGGACGACUUGAGUGAACAGAUGGCAAGCCUAGAGGGACUCAUGAAGCAACUCAACGCCAUCACUGGCUCUGCCUUUUAACCCCGACAGCCCUGGCAGAGAGUCUCACCCAGACAGUUCGUGAGACCUACAACACAGACAGAUAGCAGUACCACUAGGAGAAGCACGGUGUCUGGACCUCAGAAACAAGGGUUAGGGCACAGAGAGGGGGGG